ACACCUACCAGCUCCAUCCACAUCAGCUCGCGGCCCGCCAAAGACGACGUGGACUCACAGAAGGGAGGCAUCCCAACACCCACGACGCCGAAUCAAACCCCCUCUCUCUCCUUUGCUGCCAUUCCAGUCCUCGACAAAGCCUUUCGCCAGAUCACCCCAACGACAACACCCGAAUACACAAACCAGCUCUUUUCUUUGCCCAUCAUGCAGCGUCCACAAACGUACGGGCAGUCACCUCCCCUGCACCACCCGGUUCCCCAGCAUGUCUCGACGGUUCCCCAGCUACGCUCGCCUCCUCCACCCGUGUCGCAAACCCAAUCGCAACAGAGCUAUGGGAGCCCCUAUCAGCAGCAGGGUGGCACAAGUGGAAAUGUGUUCGGCGCAUACGGGCAGUUCAUGAACGACCCUACGGCACAAGUUGCGGCGCAGUUUGGACAGACGGCCUUCAAGCAUGGCCAGGAGUACAUGGAACAGAACUUUAAUCGUUACGUCAACGUCAACGCCCUGAAGCACUACUUUAACGUCUCCAACUCGUACGUCAUCAACAAGCUAUUCCUCGUCCUUUUCCCCUGGAGGCACAAGCCGUGGUCGCGCAAGCAGUCCGUCGGACCCAGCGGCCAGGAGGGAUGGUAUCUUCCGCCGCGGGACGACAUCAACAGCCCCGAUAUGUACAUCCCCGUCAUGGCCGUCGUAACGUACAUCCUCCUCUCCACCCUUAUCGCUGGUCUCCGCGGCCAGUUCCAGCCCGAGCUCCUCGGAUACACGGCAUCGACGGCUCUGGUGAUAGUGGUUGCGGAGAUUCUGGGCCUGAAGCUGGGCUGCUAUCUGCUGGGCAUCUCGAACGACUCGCAGCUCUACGAUCUGAUCGCGUACUCGGGCUACAAGUUUGUCGGCAUCAUUGUCACCGUCGCGGUGGCUGAGACCUUUAACGGCGGCAAGGGCACGGGUGGCUGGAUCGGCUGGUCGGUGUUUCUCUAUACGUUCCUGGCCAACUCUCUGUUCUUGAUGCGGUCUCUCAAGUACGUUCUUCUGCCUGAGAACGCUGCCAAUGGCGCCGGUCCCAUGCAGACGGGCGAUUCCCGAGCCAAGCGAAACCAGAGGACCCAGUUCCUGUUCUUCUACUCGUACAUCGUUCAGCUGCUGUUCAUGUGGAUCCUGACGAGACCUUGAGUCGACCAUCAUCGCGGGGGCUGCGAUGCAAAAAAAAGUACGAAAUCAAAAGGCGUAUAGGGAACGGAGUCAGGCGCAGCUGGGUAGAAGCAUGCGAGGAAAUCAGAUAGAAGAGGAGAGUUGCCGGUUCAAGAACGACCCGUUGCAAAAGACAAGUUGUUUCUCGAGAAUCGAACACGCAUGUACGAUAAUGCGGCAUGUCGUGUCGCUGAGCGCGUUAUCGUUGCUUGCCGAUGAGCUUGGAACGCGGUCGAGACGUGUGCUGUUACCGCCUGUCUUGGGCUCGAGACGAGGAAGCUCGCUCCAUGUAGCUUGGCGUGGCCAGGAGUAGGUUACGAGAUAGAUGUUGAGAUGCUGCAGUACAGAUGAAGAAACAGAGCUGUCAUGACAU